UUUGGCACCACCUAAUCGUCCCUUUCUCCCCCACCAUUUGUAUGAGUUGCUUGGGAUUAUCUGUAACCAAUAAAUCCCUGAUUUUUCUUUUCUAACAUUCACUUGGUCUCUGAAUUUUUUUGUGGUUGUCAAGUUACUUCCCUCUCUCCCCAGUAAAGGGGGGGGAGCCGUAACAAGUGGGGGCUUGUCCGGGAUAGUCACUUUUUCCCUGAGCUUUUGACAUCCACAAUAAUUUGGGAGAACCUUGUGUUUGUUUAGACAUGAGCUUUAGCUUUGAGGAGUUUGUACAGGCUCCUAGCCAUGCAAAGCUGGAACUGUGUCGUAAGGACGACUUGUUAUGUCUGGCUGAGCAUUUUGACAUUCCGGUGAAAAAACAUUUUUCGAAAGCUGAAAUUAAAAACAUUGUUGUUCGAAAACUGGUUGAGAUUAAAGUCCUCACGGACUCAAGCAAAAUGGAUGUAGAUGUGUGUGAUGACUCUUCUGUUGAUCUAGGACUCCAUCCUUCGAAAGAUAAAGGAGCUCCUGCAUUGGCCACUCCUCCAAAGGAAUUGGUAGAACCAAGGACGCCUCCUGCAACUUUACCACGGUUCGAUCCUGUGUCACCAGAGUUCAGUGGCUCCAGUGGUAACGCUAGACUCAAGGUUCGGCUAGCUCGCCUGCAGUUGGAGGCUCAGGAGCGCGAGUUGCAGGAAGCCCAGAGGAAGAAGAUGGCAUAUGUGCUUGAUGAUGGUCUCCUGUUGCGACGCUGGGCUGGUGAGAACUUGGAAGACUGGAAUGCCACGUAUCAGGUUGUUGUGCCAACCCCAUACCGCAGACAGGUGCUAGCAUUAGCUCAUGAUCAUCCACUGUCAGGGCAUUUGGGUAUAAAUAAAACUUAUGACAAAGUUCUGAGACAUUUCUUUUGGCCAGUAAUGGGUGAACCAUUUGGAAGGGUGAUUGUGGACUGUGUGGGGCCUUUGCCAAAGUCAAGAAGUGGAAACCAGUACAUCUUGACGAUGAUGUGCGCUUCCACAAGGGUUGUCCAAACGGACCAGGGCACCAACUUCAAGUCCAGAACCUUUGCCCAGGCACUAAAACAGUGGGGGAUAGAGCAUGUCACCUCAAGCUCUUACCACCCUGAAAGCCAAGGUGCACUAGAAAGAUUCCACCAGACAUUAAAGACAAUGCUGCGAAAAUACUGUAUGGAAACAGAGAGGGACUGGGAUGAAGAAUGCCUUGACUUCAAAGCAGGUCAAACUGAAACGGCACUACGACCAGAAAGCGGUCACUCGUGA